CCGAACAAAGACUGCCUGAAAUCCACGCAUCCCCCUUCGGACGGAUAUCGAGUGGCAUUAAUGGCAUCUUAGCGACGAUGUAAUGGGAUCUUACCUGUCGCCGCGGAAUAUAGGGCCGCUAUUAUUUUCAUAAUUUCGUAUAUAAGGAACGGAUGUUGGAGACAAGUCCUCAGUGUAGGGCGAUGGCUUGUACGAGACGUGUCCCGGGAAGGAUGAAGUUCCUUGUUCUUUGCGUAAUGGUCCACGGUUUGUCGGCGGAGGGCACGGGGGAAGUCUUGUCGAUCGGCCGGUGGAAGGAGCAGAUUAUCGCGCCGGAGUUCUUGCUGGAGGACCGCGAGGAUGUGUCCGAGGGCAACCGGAACGCGUUCCUCUACGAGGACAAGCGUAACUUCCGUCCCGAGGGCCUUGGCGAGGUCAAGCGUGUCACCGGCGCCGAGGACGUCGGUCUGCAACCGCGUCUCGUAACGAGAUCUCUGCCGUGCACCUGCGAAACGCAGUACGAAAUAAGGGACCUGGACGAGGGGCAUUAUCCGAGAUAUCUGACCGCGUCGAGCUGCAAGCCGAAAGCCUGCCUGAGCGGCAAGUUCAAUUCCUGCCGACUGCUGUACUACACGGUUCACGUGUUAAGCCAACGCGAUUUGGACGAGUUAAGCAACGACCGUUAUUCGGACGAUAGCGGACUUCCGGAAACACCGCUUCCAGAAGCACUCCGUCAUAAGUGGCAACUGAAGCGGUUGAAAAUCCCGGUUGCGUGUGUGCCGGAGACAAGAUAGAAGAAAAUUAUGUACGACCAGCUUGGACCAGUGUCAAACGCGAUCGAGGAGAUAGAAUUUAUAGCGGCCUCCAUCGUUAAAAAGUCAAUAAAUAUUCGGCGAAUAUGUAGAUAUGUGCGUGGCAUAUUGAAUUUUACGCUUCUGCUUGCGAUACGUACACGCCAAAAUGUGAAAAAAAAAUAAAAG